UCACAUAAGUCUAUAAGAAAAAUACAAUUUGCCAACUCUCUUUAAUUUUUUCUACAACCUUCUUGAGUUCUUCAUCUUCUAUCCAUACCGUUUCAUCAAAUACAAAUAUAAAUAAUUAAACACCAAAUAAAACCUCCCAUUUCCAACUAGUACUAGUAUUACAUCAUGAGCUGGUGGUGGGCUGGAGCUAUCGGAGCAGCCAAGAAAAAACUAGAUGAGGAUGAAGCCCCACCUAGAUACCAAAGCGUUGCCUUAAUUAUUGGAGUUACCGGAAUAGUCGGCAACAGCCUCGCCGAAAUCCUCCCACUCUCCGACACCCCCGGCGGUCCAUGGAAGGUCUACGGCGUCGCCCGCCGUCCCCGUCCAGAAUGGAACGCCGACCACCCUGUCGAAUACAUCCAGUGCGACAUCUCCGAUCCAAACGAAACCAAAGUAAAACUUAGCAAUCUUGAUGAUGUCACCCAUCUGUUCUACGUCACUUGGGCCAACCGUAACACUGAAUCCGAAAACUGCGAAAUAAACGGAACCAUGUUUAAGAAUGUUCUUGAUGUCGUCAUUCCUAAUUGUCCCAACUUACAACAUGUUUCGUUGCAAACUGGCCGAAAACAUUAUUUAGGCCCGUUUGAAGUGUAUGGAAAAGUGGCCCAUGAUCCACCUUUCCAUGAAGAUUUGCCUAGGCUUGAUGUGCCUAACUUUUAUUAUACCUUAGAAGAUAUUUUAUUUGAAAGUAUUAAGCAAAAAGAAGGGUUAACUUGGUCUGUUCAUAGGCCCGGGACAAUCUUUGGGUUUUCGCCUUAUAGUAUGAUGAAUAUAGUUGGCGCCUUAUGUGUUUACGCGACUAUUUGUAAACACCAAGGGGUGCCUUUUAAGUUUCCCGGGACAAAAGAAGCUUGGGAUUAUUAUUCUGAUGUUUCGGAUGCUGAUUUGAUAGCUGAACAACAUAUUUGGGCCGCGGUUGAGCCUUACGCGAAGAAUGAAGCGUUUAACAUAAGUAAUGGAGACAUUUUUAAGUGGAAGCAUUUUUGGAAAGUGUUGGCUGAACAGUUUGAAGUCGAGAACGGCGGGUUCGAUGAAAGCUGGGGGGAAAUGAGUAUGGUGGAGAUGAUGAAGGAUAAAGGGAGUGUUUGGGAUGAGAUUGUGAGGGAAAAGGGAUUGUUGGUUACUAAAUUGGAAGAUGUUGCACCAUGGUGGUUUGUGGAUAUGAUCCUUAAGAGUGAAUGUAUGUUAGAUACUAUGAAUAAGAGUAAAGAACAUGGGUUUUUGGGGUUUAGGAAUUCUAAAAAGUCUUUGAUAUCUUGGAUUGAUAAAAUGAAAGGCUACAAAAUUGUUCCUUAAUUAAUUGUAAUGUUCUUGUUGUUUAAUGAUUUUAUGUUUCAUGUCCAAAAAGAUGUUUAGAUGAUUUUAUGAUAUGAAGCUGUAUGUGUAAGAUGAAUGAAUAAAUGAGUUUCAAUUAUUUUUGUUACUAAGGUAA